AGCCUGGUGUGUUGCCAAAAUGCUGUUUUUCCAUGCGCUGUUUUUCGCAGAAGCUCCUUUUGACACCUGAAGGUCGUUCGUUACGUAGCAAUUCACGGUGUACUGUUUUGGUCCUUUGACAGAAAAGCAGCUCUCUUCCUUCUUUCGCCACGAACUGCUUUUUUGCUAACUUCUUCAGUUUAAAAACAUGCCAAUCAUUUUGUCCGUAAUUUCGCUGCCCUCUCGCUUCCUCCACCCUUUCCCUCCUCUCCAAAAAUGGUUUCGCCCUUGCCGUGACGUCCCUUCCCGUGCGUCACGCGAAGCGGCGCUACUUCCGAUGUCUGCUUGCUGGAUUUUUAGCGCCUUGUGUCGUCUAGGCUGACGUUCCCUCCAGCCGUGUAUGUGUCGUCGCGAAAGGAGACAGAAGAAAAGACGUGAACCGUCGCUCGUCCGAGCCGCCAUCAGCGGUGAUUGCGGCGGCAAAACCGAGCCGUAUCAAAAAUACGCGAGGCCGCCGUCGCCAUGAGCCACCCGGCUCGCCAGGUCGACCCGUCGUGUGUGCGUGACGGGCUCACGUACUACUCCGCAUCCGUCAUCGCGUCGUCGAGCUGCCACCGCUAGAUCUCUGUUCGUGAAUCGUGUGAACGCUGCGAAGGGGACUCUCACAAACGGCAUUUCCAAUGAAGAUGCCUUUCCAGGGUUUCGCGGGCACGAACUUCACGUACUUCUCUUUGCAGAAGGAAACGCCAUCGGCGCAACUGCUGCAUUUGGCAGCGCUCCAAGGCAACUUGCCGCUCCUGGUUAGCGUGCUUGACAGCGGCAAAGUGUACGUCGACUGCAAGGAUCAGGAAGGAACUACUGCCUUGAUUCUGGCGUGCGCAAACAACAACUAUGACUGUGCCAAAGAGCUGCUCGAGCAGGGAGCCAACCCAGCAGCCAAGCGAGUUACUGGAACCACUGCUUUGUUCUUUGCUGCACAAGGGGGCUACUUGGACAUUGUCAAGUUGCUCCUUGAACACAACGCCCCGGUAGACGCUGCUAGCGUGGAUGGAGGCACACCACUCCUUGUUGCCUGUCAAUGCAAUCACCUUGACGUCGUUGAAGAGCUAGUCAAAGCUGGAGCAAGUAUUCACACACAAAUGUCGGAUCGUGCCACACCACUUUUUGUCGCUGCUCAGAACGGACAUUUGAAGCUUGUUUCCCAUCUCAUCUCCCUUGGUGCAGAUAUCAACGUGAAACGGACGGAUGGUGCCACUGCAUUGUGGAUUGCAUCCCAGAUGGGUCACACUGCAGUGGUUGCCGAACUGCUCGCACAUGGCGCCGAAGUCGACUCCACGCGCCAUGAUGGUGCAACACCACUUUUCAAGGCGGCGCACAAAGGUUACGCUGGCCUUGUCGAGCUUCUUGUCAAGCGUGGUGCUUCGCUAGGCCUUCUGAAGAAUGGUGAAAGCGCCCUUCACGCUGCAGCACUUUUUGACCACCUAAGUGUGAUCAAACUGCUUCUAGCUGCAGGAGCUGACCCGCAGCUGAGGAACCAGGAUGGAAUGACCCCACUCGACCUCGCUCACGAGGCUUCCAACACCCAGAUCGUCGACUAUCUGAGGCAGCACAUCGCAGCGCGUCGCCUUCCAGACUCGACGCGCGCCUCCUGACGAGGUCUCGUGCCCAGGCUGGAAUGAAAACCCUAAAGAACUGUGCCACAGGCCCAUCUAUUUUGCCAUCUCGCUCGUCUUGCAAAGACCUUUGCAGCUCGGGGGCAGCGGGGUGCCUCAAUACAGUCACGUUGUGAUGCUUGUACCGGUGUCACGCUUGUAAACCUUCCCAUGCGAAAGCAUCAAUGCACUUUGAAAUCAAAGCUGUCAUUGAAGACUUGAGAAGUUGGUAUGGUGGUCAUGUAGUAGCACGUGAAGGAGUUUUGAAGCGUGGUUUGCUUUUUGCGAUGUUUAAGGUUCUCUCUAGCAAGCUGAAACUGUAAAGGUGGACCUACACGGCAGGCCGGACUGCGGGCCAAUUGGUCAUGUGAUAUAAAUGUCACACGCAGCAUCCGUCCGGCUGGCCAAAAAUAGCAGACGGCAGGGCAUAUCUACAAAGAUGUUCUCGUGUUGUACAUGACAAACUGACAUUCAUUUGAGCUCGGACAAUGCUGAGCAAACAGUAUAUUGCAGUUGCUCCAAGUUGCUCCAAGGCCACCGUGCUCCAAGCUCGGUGGUUGUAUAUUGUAUAAGUUCAACAUCGUACAUCGCUGUUUAUUUGUUAACUGAUAUUGCAUGCAAUUCAUAAUGUCACAGCAAAAACAACCAUACAGCUGCUGCUUCUGCUGUGGGAAAACAAUGUGGGAUAUCACAGGAUGGCUAUAGAAAGAUCAGCUAUGCAUUCAAAACACUUCAGCAUACAUGGUUGUAGGGAGUUUUAAACUGUUUCGCUAGGCCGACCCAGGCAAGCAUGUUGGCUUAUUGCCUGGUACGAAAUUCAAGCUCUCAUUACAACGGUGUUGGUAACUUGGCAAGAAGGCCACUAAAUUUAGCGAGCUUUUAGUCACCCUAAUGAUUGUCUUUAUGGAGUUUUAGCAAGUUUUUUAGUGAUGCCAAUAACCAGUAAAUUGCCCUGCUAAAUUUCUCUGAGACUGUGGCUAAUGUUGCCAGUUUGCCCCUAUUUUAUCCUAUUUUAUCCCUAGGAGCAAGGCGCUUCCAUUUGUCUUUUCCCUAUGCACUUCCAUUUGUCCCUACUUCUAGAUAUAUUGCAGGGCUUAUUAGUAAGCUAUCUGAGUGCAUUGAAACUUGUUUUCUAAGCAAAGCACAGUCUUUAGAUUUGAUGCCGUUUUGGAAAAUCGUGGUUGUUUACAUUUCUCAGUUUCUGACCAUUGGGUUGCCGCCACCGGAGGUGAUUUAAAGCUACAGUUUAAAAAGUAAUUAGGAAUAUGUGUAGGGACGUUCAAAACAUAAAAAAGGACAAUAUUCGGAGGAAGUCAUCAUCAUCAUCAUAACCACCACUUGGUGAUUUGUUCCCCCCCCCCUUCCCCAAAAAUGUUACUAACACUGGUGCGCACGUGAUUUCAGCUAUACAAUUUUUUUGCCGAUGUGUGACUACACAUGAUUCAGUGUUUUACUCAGCACAUUGAACAGUGCCUUGCAGCUAGAAACUGAGUGCAGUAUAUAAACUUCAUGUAAGAAGAGUUUAACUACAAUUGUGCACAUACGUAUCUGUUCAACCAGUCAAAUUGAAGCGAAGCUCUGUUCCAAAAACACGCUUAUGGUGUGAAAAGACUGUUUUUAUUAACGAGCUGCUCACCGCAGGACACGGGGCUCGUCUUGUAACUUGCACUUGAAAACUGGAGGGACAUUAAGUUGCUCACAGUUUAUGGGUGAACGCCUGCACUCCCCUCACUUUAUUGAACAGUGCUGUAUGUCAUGCACUUUCGAUUUCUUUAACAGUUACUUUACUGCAAACACGUGACUCUUUUUCUCAGAACUCACUGGAGCUGGCAUCGGAAAGACCCAUGAGGUUAAACAGCACACCAAAGCAAAGCAAUUGAAAAGGUUGAAGUGAAGGAACAAUUGACGGGCAAACUAAACUGCUAUUGAUGCUAUGCAUUGCUGAUCUGUUGUUCGGCACUUGCUGGAAAAGUUGGUACUCAAACAUGUCAUGUUGCUUUCCCAUCAUGUCUUGUCCCAGUUAUCAAGGAUUCUCAUGAGCUCUACUGUUAAUGACAUCUCUGAAGUGAACAGCGCAAAAGAUGCUACAAGUGACUGUCGCUUGUCCCAUGUUUCGCACUAAGUAUUGUAUUCCCUUCAAAGAUGUGGCCUUACCAACUACCUUCAGGCCUUAGUUCUAUUCAGGUGCACACUUGUAUUACCUUAGUCAGUCGUGAACAACCGUCGUGCAGUCACCGGCAAAUGUUUACAGGUCAUGGCUUUGAUGACAGUCGUGACUUUGCUCCUCAGUGGAGGCGCGGCACCUUUAAUUUAAUGGAUCACCUCACAGGUAGAAAAAAAAAGCUGCUAGAAGCUAAAACUUUGAGUUCAAGGCUGUAUACUCCAGCUCUGUGAGAAUUUAGUCUUCCUUUCAGAAUUCUUCUGUCCUGUAUACUUUUGUAGCCAACUGCACAUCAAAAAAGAAAAAAGAGUCUGCUUAAUAGAGUUAUGGCACCUUCGUUGUGAAAUCCAUGCUUGUGCGGCUAUUGUUUCUAGCUAUGCAUUGUGCGCUACAAAAUGGUCACUCAAAGUAGUACGAAAACACCGUACCUUACGUGUUGUCCAUGGCCACUCGGGAUGUUUGUUUUGCAUUUCUGGUGGUCGUCUGGCAAAUUUGGAACCUGAAUUUCUCCGCAUACAUUAUUCAUGUUUUCUUGGCAUACCGUAUGUUGUGUAGAUGAAAGGAGCCAGGCACAAAUGGCUCACCUAGUUUGUAAAUUGUUGGCCCAUACACACUAAAAAAUUCAUUUGAAGGUGCAUUUUGGAUAAUACCGUGCAUGGGUGCCGUACCUGUCUCUCUGGUCCAGAAUAAGUUAAAGGUAAGCAGUUGUCUGUGGUAAUGCGAGGUGGACUUCACGAUAGUAGAGACGGAUGGCACCUUUUACUGAGGCAGUUACUGCCGAACUGAUUCAUAACGGAGUCGUAUAUGUAGCGAAAACUCCUUCGCAAUAUCCAAUAUCUGUUAAAAGUGUGCGCACCUAUAUUUGCAAGGAAAAAAAAUACUGCGAUUGGCUCCAUGCAAAAGAAACGCAAGCGUGCUGCCUCCAAUAGGCCAGCGUAAGGGUCUCGCUGUCGAUUUUAUUGGCCCACAUCCAGGCUUGUCAUGGUGAUAUGUGGCACAUGAUCAAUACUAAAUUAGAAGCAUGCUUUGCACCGUCAUCAAUAUGAAGCUGUGUGAUCACAAGGGAUGGCAGAUUGACUUGCCAGCCGCAGCUCAGCCAAGCCAAGCCAUUCGCCAAAAUGCACAUGCUCGUCCAGAAUGUGCCAUUUCAAGCUUGUCUUGCUGAGGAGGUGACAUUUUUACAGCCAGAAUGCAUGCUUUGAGCUGUAUGGAAACCAAUAUUCACUUCACUCUAAUAGAUAUCGUUUCAGAUCUAGCAUUCUGGAUUUGUUAUAGCAAUAGAAUACUUGUUGAUAAAAGCAUGGUUAACAAAACUUUAGGUUUACUUUGUUAUAUGUGAUAAUUCGUUAUAUUCGUGUUCACUUUAUUGAGAUUCGGCUGUACUUUUCCAGUCUCGCAUUGCCACACACAAAACUUAAUUCUCAUUCAUUCUCAUCACGAAUGAAGCAACCAGCCGUGGUUGCUUAGUGGCUAUGGUGUUGGUCUGCUAAGAACAAGGUUAUGGGACCGAAUCCCGGCCAUGGCGGCCGUAUUUCGAUGGAAGCAAAAGGCAGAAACACCUGUGUGCUUAUAUUUACGUGCACGUUAAAGAACCCAAGGUGGUCCGAAUUUCCGGAAUCUCCAACAAUGGCGUGCCUCAUAAUCAGAUAGUGGUUUUGGCACGUAAAACCCCAUAAUUUAAUUUUUCUUAAAUCAUGGAUGAAGCAAGCAGGUAGUGCACCCAAUUGUGGUAGCAAGCAAAAUGCACUGUAAGAUGCCAUCUCUACAUGAAAUUUAGAUGCAAUAGAACCAGCAGUUUAGUUGGAAGCCAGAAGAGCCACACAUCACCACAACAGAAGUACGCUUUGUGAAGAUGAUCCAUUAUUCAUCAAAUAGCACAAAUUGUGGGUACCAGGUCUUUAACAUGCCAAAUGUGAGUAAUUACAAUGGUAAAACACCCUGAAAAAAAGUUGGAAGUAGGCACAAACUGAACAAAAAUGUAGUUGCUUACACAUUACUAAAUCCUGAAUGUGCAUUCGGUGUCCCUACAAACAUGUGGAAUAGGCCUGGUACGAACAUUGCGUCACUUGCCAAAUGCCCGUGUGCUAUAUCCUCGCAAUAUUUGCUAACAUGCACUUAAGUAAUGAAGUGUGGUCUCAGAUUACGAUCUUGCGCACCAUGCUUCAGUCGGGAGACAGGCUUUUUGAAUCGCUAAUAAUGUCUCAACUGAUAUUGGUCACUGAUUGGAACUGUUCUGUUACAACGAAUGCGAAAGCUGAGAACUAUUUUGACAAAAGUGGCAUCAACCAAUGAAAGCUUUAUCUCAUGCCUUCUCUAUUCAAGUAUGCAUGAAACACAGAGGUCUCUCAUAGGCCGAAGAGGUCUACUACUUCGAUUACCACUGACAAGCAGCUGAUGAUCAGAGCUUUACUCCAAGAGCAACUAAACAGUGGCGAAGGCUGUCAACAAAACCUUGAAGGCCAACUGCAACGUGAUUUUGGACUGCGUAAAAGGCCUAGUUUCAUAUAGUGUAGACAUAUGGCAGUCUCUAUGCAAAAUUUUACGUUUGAAAUACGAGUAAGUGCAUUACAAAAUGUUUGUGAAAAGACAAGUUUUUUAUACCUCGGCUGGCAAAGAAAGAAGAAAAACUGCCAUUAUUGCUUGCUAAACAUGAUGCUGAGCCUGGAGCAUUCAAAACUGGCGUGGUGCCUCAACAUGACCUCGACAUGCUGAAAAUCUCUGAGGCCAUCUCCUGGGUUCUACGUUGUGGCUGCUGAUCACCAGGUGUUCGUGUAAUCUGUCAAGGCUGUUAAUUAAAGACGUUUGACAAUUAGCAGCUGUACAGCUUUGCCAAGACUGUUUUGAUAGCAUAAGCCACUCUUUUAUAACUACUUCAACCAAAGUGAAUUCUCAUUGCAGUUUGCCUUUAAGCUAAUGAAACUUUGGAACCCAAAUAUAAUGCGAGAAUUAGAUUUAAUGUGCCAAAAUCUACAGAGGCCGCGUCGUACUAUACAUGAAAUGAUGUGGUAUUUCGAGCAAGUAUUGAAGAAGGUUGAUUCAGUUUUCCCUUUUACACAAAGGCGAGCUGUGCAAUAUGUCCAUGUGAAAUUCAAAGGAACUGGUUAGAUUGAACAUUGCACAAUUCUGACUGGUUCUCAUGUCCAGACAAGGGUUGAUGUAAUGCAAGUUGACUGUAUGUGAAUAGCAGUGCAUGUUUCAGCCUGCUUUACGUCAUGAAAGUUGAGCUCUGAAAGCUCUGGAGAACUGCUAUUUUUUUCGUGCAUAUAUUUUCACGCCAAAGCACUUACGCCCGCCUAUUAAUGAUCUUCCACGCGAGCCGAAGCUGUUGUGAAAUGUCCUUGUAUGAAAUUCGCGACGGAUCAUGAUGUAGGCGAGAUUUAACCAGUGGUAACGCUUGCCUACAAACACCAAACGGUCACAUGAGUCUGCAUAAACAGAGUGACAAUGCCAGUGGCGUGCUACAAAUGCCACUGGCAUUGUUUGCAGGUGGCUUUCACACUCUUAUUUUCUUGAAACAAUAUAAAUGUUGAUGUAGUUUUGCAUAAGCGGCAUUGCAUAAUGCAGUGCUAGUUGCUUGCAUAAUGUGUAAUGCCCUGGGUGUGUCUUGUGCUAUGUGAUGCUGUGCGAUGCUUUCCCGUGCAAUAUGGAGCACCACAGCAGCAUGUAAUUAACUGUACAUAUUUCACGCACGCCUACGAAAAACUUGCCUUGCCACUCACUGCUCUCCGAGAGACCUUUGCAGGUGGCUUUCACGUGCGAAUUAUUUUUCUUCAGCAGAGUCUCGCAUAGAUUUGCACAAUUUCUUUCGUGCCUCACUCUCGGCGUCUUGAGUGAUUUUGUGCUUAUUUUAGCAAAUGUGGCAAAAGAAAAAAAGAGCCCCACCUAUGUGUCGAAGACUACAGUCCUUAUUCAGGCACAUCAGAUGAAACAAACUCCUCUAUUCUAGUUUUUUACGUCUGCAAAGGACAAAUUCUCCUACAGUGUGCGAGUGUAAACGUGUGUGCAUGUGCUGUUUGUGCGUGUGAGAAGGAGCCUGCCAAGUCGGAAGGCAAAUUUCAGUGCCAUAAUCCCUGCGCAUUGUACGAAGGCAGCGUACGUUAUUUCCAGAGUGCCAGCCAUGGAGAAGUAUUGUUUACAAUAUUUCCAAUUGCCCUGUUAAAUGUGUUGUCGAGUUUUGUUGUAUGUCGCGUGUUGUGUUAACUUAAAAACUACCUAUCCUUCUGUUAUGCUAUGCUGGUGUUAAUCUUUUUUCUCAAAGGAAGUGAGGCACACUGUGGAGUGCUGGGAGCAAACAGAAUGUAGCUCCAAAACCUGAUAUUGAGAUUGCUGAAAGCCUUCUAAUCGUCCCACCUAAACUGGGAUUCCUGGUCAAUUCAUCCAUGCAGUAAUACCAUUGCACCUUAGAGAGGCAUAACUGCGUUUUGAUUACCUGCACAUAGCUAAGGCAGUGGCACAAGUAUUCAGAGCACACAAGCCGUGAAAGAAAUGGGGUUUCUUCUCGAUGGUUAACCCCUUAUCCAAAAGAUGCUGUAAUGGAACAGUGGUGCCAUCUGUCAUUGCUAUGGUGAAAAGUGUUUGCUGUAGCCAUGACAGAUGGCGCCACCACUCCAGUGCAGUGGAAUCGGCACAUUUUGAGUGGCAUUCACACGACAUAGUGAACCAUUUGAGAGUCUUGGGUAGAUUACGAGCGGCAGAACUUUAGGACUUCCGAAGGGUUUGAGAACUCUGUAUGCACCUCGCCGUUUUUGAUAUAUGUGAAUUGCUUGGGCUUGCGUGCAUCUGUGAAGGUUUAUUAUUAAUGACAACAAUGCCUUGAGCAUCUUCUGUCGGGCAAGUUGUUUGCCGCACUGCCAUGUUUAUCAUUAUCUGCUGUAUAGUUGGCACUAGGUCUGUUGUACGUGCUUGUGUAGACACAGCAGAUUUGCAGAAGCGGGGUUUAAAUGGCACUUGCACCCGUGUACUGAGUCGUCUGCUGUGCUGCUACUAUGCACCUGUACACCUGCACCAAGUCAGCACCGACAGAAGAGAAGGUGCAGCAGAAUCGUGAACCAGCCCUGCACCUUUUGAAACGGAACGGUUUGGUUCAGAUGAUGCCAUUGGUUCACCGCUGAAACGAAUAGCAAGGUGCAGCAUCUCGUAAACUGGUUUGGUACGAGCGAAUUGAACAGACGUACUAUCUUCGUCAUAUCACACUGGAAUUCGCAGCCCACACGCCAUGCAAUAUCUCAGCACAUCUGUAGACACGCUUCCCCACUUGGCAGUUUACGCAUUCAUAUACAUGCAAAACACAGAAAUUAUCUCGUGAAAUUAUUUCCAACUGAAGUAAAUUUGCUGCAUUUAAGAGAGAAAACAAGUGCUACUGGCAGCAAAAUUCUGAUCCAAGGCCUUGAAUUUCUGAACAAAAUCUGCAAAAAAAACCUUUCAUUAUUGGCAACAAACUACAAUAGGCAUUCUUUUUUAUAAAGCUACAGUUUGCCGUCACUUGUUCUAAGGCACACAUUUCCUUCGCUGUCCUCAUUUAAGUUGCACUGCUUUAGUUUACCCUUACACUAACUCAUCUAGCUUACACCAAGAUGCUGUCACCUCACCCAUAGAGCAGCACAUGUCUCUGACGAGUACUUAACAGCACAGGAAAUUUUAAAUCUUGCCUACUGACGCACUUAGUUUGGCAAUGUAGACGUAUACUUUGUGGUUAACCAUGCGUCUUCAUGCUAUGCUAUCAAGACUUAUUUUCAUUGCACUCCACGUUGUUUUGAAUAGGUAGGACCAUGCAGUGACUUUCCAGUGAACCAAUCAACACCGUCUUGAAAGCACUAGGUCAAUAGAUGCUGGGUGCAGGAAAUGAUUGUGAAACUUUAUUUCAGAUUUUUUCAAUGAUGUUGGCAUUGCAAGACAGGCAAUGCAAAGACUUGUGCCAUGUGGCAGAAUAAAAAAAGAAAGCUUUUGUUAUAUACUAUUUCACUGAAAAAAAAAAAAAAACCUGCUGUUCACAUCCAAUUUUUCAUGCUGUCACUUUGAAAAUGAAGUGGUCACAGUCAUUUCUAUCUUUGGCUCAUCAUGUACAGCUUACUGAUCCUGUCAAGUUUUAUUAAAUAAUAUGUACAUCAA